ACCGUUUACUUGACAAAGAGAAACUAAAAAUGGUGAAGGGAGCCACAGCAUCAAUGGUUGCAGUUUUUGUUAUUGCCGUGGCAAUGAUUCAGCUGGUGACUGCCGGCCGGCCUGCAGGAGGAGGAGGAGAAGAGGGCAUUAUUAGCUGUGGGCAAGUGGAUUCCUACUUGAUACCUUGCGUUCCUUACCUCACCACCGGCGCCGGCGACCCUGCACCCAAAUGCUGCGACGGAGUGCGUAGCUUGAAGGCCAACACCGCCACCGCCGACGACCGCAGAGCUGCCUGUGGCUGUGUCAAGGCCGCCGCCGGGCGUUAUCCUGUGAAGGACGACGCCGCUUCGAGCCUCCCGACCAAGUGCGGGGUUGAUAUUGGUAUUCCUAUCUCCAAGGCUAUUGACUGCCAGACGAAUCAACUGAGUAUUGGAACGAUGAAGAAGCUCUAGCAAAGUAAUAACUGUGUGGCGAUGGAUUAAUUAAUGUACUUUAUUUCCUAAAGUUUUUAAGCUGAAUAA